UAUAUUACUGAGAGGAAGGGUAGAAGAAGAAUUGAGCACCACUUAAAUACAAAAUAGGAUGACCCCAGCAAGUAUAUUAAUGAAAGGUCACUAGAGGUUUAAACCCAGUUUGUAAUGGAGGCGGCAGCCUUUCUACCAAUGAUUAUUUUACUACUCUCAAUCUUUGGUAAUUGUAAAUGCCAUCUUCUUGAAGAUAGCCAAAUAACAACAGAAAAGGUGGCAAAUGAUGAGCCUAAAAUGGCAUUAAUCCAGACCGGUAACUAUUCAAUCUCAUCUCAUAUUAUGCCAUUACUGUCUCUUCUGUUGAAUGCGAUUCCACUAUUUAUAGAUCAAUUCAAAUCUCAAAAAAGAGAGGAUACCCCAAAAAUACCAGUUGAAUUUGAAGGAAGGAACCCUUGUGUUGAUUGGAUUCUUGUUAGAAAAAAGUACCCUGGGUCUGAUUGUCAUUUUUAUCAAUGUGAACUUCAUCAGCCAGUAAAACCAGCUUGCAGGCUUCAGGUGAUUGAUGAAGAACCAUUUCCAAUUAUCAAUCCAAAAACAGUCAUCGAAAAGAGUAUACUUGUGAGGAUAACUAACUGUCUUUCGAUUAGAAUAUUUAAGUGUGUAUAUGGCUACAAAUACUCCAAAGAAAGUAAAGGAUGUAUCAAAUUUCUUAACAAUUACUCUCAAUGUAUUUGUCCUGCUUGAACAACACAAAUAAACAAUGAAAUAAUUCCUU